CAUUACAGCCCGGCUGCUCCGAGAGAAGCCACUUCAACCCAGCCUGGAAGACGGGCGGCUCUCGGCGGCGCAGCUAGGCAUCUGGGACCCCGAGGACCAGGCAUCUGGGACCCUGAGAGCCGGGGAUCUGGGACCUCCCCCCAAGUCCUACUCACCCUGCGGCACCACCGGCCACGGCUCCCAUCACCCGAUCGGCUCCCUGCCGGGCUUCAGCAGUUGGGCCGGGAGCCCAUCCCCACCUGCGGCGACAGAGGGGCACGAGGAAGGCAGGUAAAUGGGGGCCAGGCAGUCUGGUGCCCGCUGCAAGGACAAGGGCCUCCCGGGGCGGGGGGUCCUGCGGGGGAGGCAGAAGUUCUCCCCGUGGGACGAUGCUCUGCUCUCGGGGAGGGACCCGCGGUGUCUGCUGAAGCGGGGCCUGCGGCACGUCAGUUUCAGCCUGGUCACCAAGGGCAUGACAGAUGCUCCCGACUUCCUGUGGAGCCUGUCAGAGGUGCAGAAGCUCAACCUGUCCCACAACCAGCUCCGGGCCCUCCCUCCCGAGGUGGGGAAGCUGACACGGCUGGUGGUCUUGAACCUGUGCGGGAACCGCCUGAAGACCCUGCCCCGGGAGGUCAGCCUCCUCCAGAGCCUCAAGGUCCUGUUUGUGCACAUGAACUGCCUGACGGAGCUGCCGGCAGAGCUGAGCGCCUGCCGGAACCUGGAGGUCCUGAGCCUGUCGCACAACUUCCUGUCCCAGCUCCCCGCCAGCCUCGCCGACCUCUCCCGGCUGCGCAAGCUGAACCUCAGCCACAACCGCUUUGCGCACAUCCCUGUCUGCGUGUUCUCGCUCAGGGAGCUGGACUUCCUGCACGUGGGCUCCAACCGCCUGGAGAACAUUGCCGAGAGCAUCCAGUGCCUGGCCAGCCUGCAGAUCUUCAUUGCCGAGAGUAACAAUAUCCACACCUUCCCCCGCUCCCUCUGCCUGCUCACGAGCCUGGAGCUGCUGAACUUGAACAACAAUGACAUCCAGACCCUCCCCGAGGAGCUCUACCUGCUGUGCAGACUGGCCAGGAUCGCUUGGAACCCCAUGGACAAAGGGCUUCACAUUUCCCACAACCCUUUAUCCAAACCUCUGCCCGAGCUGCUGGAGGGGGGUCUGGAGAUGCUCUUUAGCUACCUGAAGGACAAAAAACACACCUGAUGUGGGCGCCAGAGACACCGACAGACUUAGCCGGGUACUUUCCUGGUCUAAACCUUCUCCUCUUCCUGUUUCUGUGGGUCGAUGCUUGUGCUAUUAUUUGCUAAAUCACACUGAACGCCCCUUCUAAGGAGGCGUUUGCUUUUAGCUCUGUAUGUUCUUAAUAACCCGCAUAAUACUAUGUUCAUCUCCUUCUAAACAUUAAUUGAAAGAGGACUUGGGUUUUCCCCAAAGAGAAAUAAUUCUGAUUCUUCUGGGGAGCGGUGGGAUUCAGCCUUUGGAAGGGAGGACAGCAGGUCUGAUUCAAAGUCAAUCAAAAGUGAAAUAUUUGCUAAGUAUGUGCAGUGGGCCAGGUACGAUAUAGGAGGCAUUGACACCAUCUGGUUUCAGCCCCUGAAUUGGCAACGUGGGUAGCAAUGGCAAGACAUGCUCCCACCUCAGCCGCCAUCAAGCAUCACUUGGGACCAAAGAGCAAGCUGGGGCCCUGCCCUCCCGGCAAUGACCAAAUCAGCCAGAGCUUCCCCACGAGUCCCUGGGUGAAACAGCCACAGGAACUUUGCCUCCAGAAUGACUGUUGGGUAACAAUCCAGCCGCUCAUGCUGACGUCUGGUGGUGAGUGACGGGGGUACCGAGUGAUGGCUUUCAGAGAAUAAAUACAA